AUGCUGUCUCCCGUGUCGCCUCCGUCCCUGUCCCUGCCAACGACUCUGAUCAAGAUUCGGAAACGAAUAGGACCAUCACAAGACUCCUUGAUGGUCCCUAAGGUGUCACAGAUAGCGACCGGCUAUAUCCAGAAACAGCUGGUCGCCACUUUCGUCAUCGAUGGCCGUUCGUUCGCAAACGAGACAUUUGAUAUAGCUGAGUGUGGCCAUGAUAUCUUUAUCGGUCUUUUCUGGAUGCGGGAGAAGCGCCUCCUGCUUGACUGCGCCGCCCGACAGAUCAUCUGGCCAGAUGAUCUUCCUGCCCUCGCCAAGUUCUCCCGACGAUCCAGCUCUCUCGUCAAGCCCCGCUCGGGUCGGAUCGACCCUAAGAUCCAGGCCGACGCUGAGAGGCGGAACCGCCUGCUCGAGAAAGAGGAGAAACGCUACCGGAUCCUCCACAAGAACUGGCGCCGCUCUGAUCAAGCUCCUCCGGCCUCUGUCCCGACCCCGUUACCGACUCCGUCUCCGUCGUUUCAGUCCAAGUCUCCGUCUGCCAAGAAGUCUGUCCGUUUUCAGCUCACGACCGCCCCUGCUACCGACUUCGUCUCCGUCGCCUCGGUCCAAGCCUCCGAAGAUCAAGCCCUGAUUAACGCCCUGGUCUGCCAAGUAGAGUCUCACGAGAGAUUCGAACAGUGGAACGAACUCGAACCGUUGAUGCCCCGGGAUCCAGUCCAGCUCGAGCCAAGCUCCGGCCUUGACCAGACCGUCCCUACCUUCAUCGACCCCGACCCGAGCCCGCACGCCGCAUCCGUCCUCUUCGCUCCGAAACCGAACACGACCGCCCGCCGCUUCUGCAUCGACUACCGUUGGAUGAACGAUCAUCUUAAAAGUCGCAUCACGCCCGCUCCGUCCCUCGAAGGUCCCGCCUGGUUCCAGCAGUUUAUCAACGCGCAGCUUCACGAUCUCCUCGACCGGUGCGCCAGCGCCUACGCAGAUGACGUCCUGAUCUACUCGGAUAAAGAAGAAGACCACUGGAAAGACUGUCAAGAAGUUGACUACCUCGGCGUUCUGCUUGAAGCCGGUGUGGGCCUUAGUGUCGACCCUCGGAAAGUUCGAUCGAUACAAGACUGGAAGUUUGAAGACCUCCGAGACCGCACCGCGAUCCGAUCAUUCGUUGGCCUAUGCAACUUCAUCCGUGUUUUCUGCUACCACGCCUCCGGAGUGGCAGAACCCUUGAACCGGUUGCUUAAGAAGGAUGUUGCCUUUGUGAUGGGCCCGGAGCAACGCGAAGCAUUUGAUCAACUCAAGCGCCUGGCUAUCGAAGCCCCGGUCCUCGCCUUCUUUAGACCAGAACUGCCGACCCGACUGGAGACCGAUGCCUCCCGGAAUGCCACAGCUGGUGUUCUAUGGCAGGAACAGCCUGAUCAGACCUGGAAGCCCGUUGGAUUCUUCUCUAAGACCAUGACCCCGGCCGAGCGAGCCUACCCAAUCCAAGAUCGAGAGCUCCUCGCCGUCGUACAGAGUCUAGAGCACUUCUACCCAGAGCUCUUAGGCCAGAAGUUCGAUGUGAUCACCGAUCACGAAGCCUUAGUCCAUUUCUCUACGAAGCGCCUGCUCUCGGUACGACAGAUCAGAUGGUCCGACUUUCUCGCCCAGUUCGACAUCCGUUUCCUCUACCGCCCCGGUCGACUGAACGUAGUCGCCGAUGCCCUCUCCAGGAAGACAGCGGAGCUCCCUACCGUAAAGGCCCGGGAAGCCGAGGAACGCACGGUGACCCUGAUCCCUCCGGAAAGGCUAGGCUUCGCGACCGACUCUCUAGACCCUACGGCCGCCGGCAACCUGCCCCCUCAGAACUUUAGUCCCGAACCUAAGCCUACUAGACCAUUAGUUCUGAGGGCCACGAGUGCCCUACAGACCCCAGAAGACCGAGGGAUACAGCAGACGCCCGAUCAAGACCGCCCAGAACUAGACCCGAACUCGGUCCCGAAGGGAGCCGAACUCGUUUCGUUGAUCCGCCAGGAGAACCUCCUCCAAGACCUCGGUACCCAUGGAACACACCUGGUCGUACCAGCCCAGACCUCAGACAAGCAGACGUUUCUUCAGACCGCGCUCAUUCGCGAAGCCCACGAACCCCAGAUCUUCGCUCACGCCGGACAGAACAAGGUGAUCAAGCUGCUCCAACGAGACUUCUACUGGCCAAGGAUGAAGGAGGAUAUCCGUCGUUAUAUUCGGAACUGCCACGACUGCCGCCGCAACAAACCCCUCGAGACAAGACCCCUGGACUGCUCCAUCCACUGCCCGUACCGACCUCUGUUUGGGAGCACGUCGAAUGUGACGGGAAGGAUAUGCCGAAAGACCGUUACGGAUAUGACUAUGUUUGGACCUUCGUCUGCAAGCUAA